UGGCUGCUGAUAAAAGAGAAAUGCUGACCUAAGACCACGUCCGUGUUAGAACUGAACUUUUUUAUUUACUUAUGUUUUGAGGGUACGUGAAGAUAGAAGUUUGUUUUGGGAUGAACCUACCAUACAUUCUACCAUCGAAUAGAAAAGCAGACAUUGGAGACCGUCCAAACUACUACUUCAAAAUGAAAGUGAAUGGAGACUGAACUGUCAAGGUUCAUGUUACGUGUUAAGGGGUUCAGUGCUUAUGCUCAUCAUGGUUGGUAUUGGUUAUAAAUGUUGCGGUGGUGUCCUCUUCAGGGGAUCAAGGGAAGUGAAUCGUUACAGUGUGGAGUCUGAGUCAACGUUACCUGAGGAGCCUCAGUGGGCGACAGAAGUCCGACUACCAUGCAGUGAAGGAUUUAAAUAUUUUCAUGCGUCACUACUGAAUAUGGAUUCAAAUGUAACUGCUGGAUUGGUGGGCAGGCAUAAUGCUGCAAAUGUAAGCCUGACCCAUGAGAUGCUGCCACGGCCUUCGCAGCUGAUGGGCAAAAGGAGAAGAGAUCAGAUUUUCCAGAGACAUACCGCAAGUGUCCUACAGCAUAUAGGGGACCUGAGGACAAGACAGCGCCAUAUAAAUGCGUUAAAAGGGGACAGAUGGUGGGGCGUCACAGCCACAGAGAACAAAAUGCCACAGGAAGUCAAGGAAGGCAGGACUGAACAGCAUCCUGGUCUUACAGCUGAUUUCUUAUUCACAGGAUGUGAGCAAGUGCUUAACCUGGCUCCUGGAGGAAACCCCAUGAUGUCAUUUGUUGAGGGAACAGCUCACAGAUCGUUCACGAUGACCCCUGCUUGUGCCACAGCGAAUUCUGGGAGCUCUGCUGAAAUCCUCAUCAGAAGUGAUUAUGAUGAAAUGCUGUAUCAAAAAAUAGACUUUUAUCAUUAAAAAACACAAGUCUUAUAGUCCCAGCCUGUUUUAAACCUUAUAGAGAAGUUCUAUAUUUGACCAUUUUUUCUUUGGAAAAAUGUUUAUUUAUAGACUCACAAUUGCUGUAAUGGUUAUAAAUGUUUACUGAGCAUGCUGUUAAUGAAAGCUCUUGAUGUUCUGUGAGAAAAAAAAAACAUUUAAAGUUGGCAAAUUUAGAUUUUAUGAUGUUUGAUAUAUAUAUUUAAAAAGAAAACUCAAAGACUUGUGCUCUGACAUUGCUUCGGUGAAACCACAGAUGAUCUCAGUACCAAAAAAGUCACCAAUGUCCCUGUUCCUGUUUCUAUUCAUAAUCGAAA